AUGAAAAAUACCGGAAAACGGGCCAAAAUCGAGCAGAUGCUUCGAGAACUCAACGAUAUCCGUCGAAAGGUUGAAGAGGAUAUCCAGUACAUGGAAAACGCGGUCAGCCAUGGUACUGCCCCAACUGACGUCAAAGAUACAGCCGAUAGCCGCACACUCGCUGCCAAAUUCGAUAAUCUGUAUUACGAACUUGCUGCCUUUGCAGACGUACAAAAAAUCUCUCUAUCACCUGUUCUGGAUCAAUCUUUGUCAACAAGCUUAAACAAAACCAUCAAUAAUGGAGCACCAAACGUAUCUCACUACCAACUGCCAAAACGAACGUUUCCGAUCUUUUCUGGCAUCAUAACGGAGUGGCAAGGUUUCGAUGACCUGUUCAAUUCCAUUAUGUCACAUGCCCCAGAUCUUCCAGACGUAGAACGAUUUGAGUUUCUGAAAACGUCUCUUCAAGGUGAUGCGAAGACAGUCAUAGCCCAUCUUCCGUUAACGUCCGCAAACUACCACAGUGCGUGGGAAAUAUUGCGAGCUCGAUACGGGAACAAGAGGGACUUGGCAAGAAUCCACAUUCAAGCUCUACUCGCCCCACACACAGUUUCGUCAACCGAUGCGUUUUCAAUUCAAUCACAGAUCAAUUCAAUCCUGAAAAACACCGCAGCAUUAGACAACUUAAACCUCACGACUCGUCAGUGGAGUCCAAUUUUAGUUCAUAUAUUUGAGCAACAUCUUGACUAUGAACUUCGGGCUCGUUGGGAGUUGAUCCUUGGAGACAGGCACCAACCGCAGUUGACUGAAUUUGUUGAUUUUCUACGUAGUCAUGUGCGGGCAGCCGAAGCGCGAUCGGGACACUACUCUCCAGUCAAUUCAGGUGUUGCUGACUCAGUACGAAUAAAAUCUAAACCUCCACCGUCAAAAGGUUCUCGUCCAACAGCAACAUCCAAAGUUCUUGUGACAACCGCCAAAGCUACGUCGAGCUUAACCACUAGCUGCCUUCUAUGUAAGCAAGCCCAUUCAGUGCGAAAAUGUGCAAUCUUCGAUAGCCAAAGUCCAAGUGAACGAUUCCAAACGGCUAAGAAGCUUCAGUUGUGCAUCAAUUGUUUGGGAUCUGGGCAUACGUUAGCGGCAUGUCCAUCAAAGCAUACAUGCAUGACAUGUAAGAAACAGCAUCAUACGCUUCUGCAUUUCCCAGACAAUACAACCAUGGGUGAUAUUAUUCCAAACGCGACUACGAUGUUCACUGCGACUCAAAGAUCUCAGUCGAUCUUACUUUCAACAUUACUCGUCAGUGUCCCAUCAAGCGCUAACCAAAACCAUACUCUGCGAGCACUAUUAGAUACUGGAUCUCAGGUUAGUUUCAUCACAAAGCAGUGUGCCGAUCGCCUCUUUGUGACCCGCCGACGUUGCACCACAAAAAUCAGCGUGUUCUCAGGCAGCCGGGUUAACGUGGUGUCCGGAAUGACUACAAUCACAAUAUCACCAGUAAACCAAUCUGAACCAUCGAUUUCUCUCGAUGUUCUUAUUGUGUCGAAGAUCACAGAUGUUACACCUCAAGAACCUCUUCAUGCAGUAUCGUGGCCUCACAUAAAUCAACUAGAGUUGGCAGAUCCAACUUUCCACACUCCAGGGCACGUUGAUAUCUUGCUCGGUGCAGACGUUGCACCAAGUAUCUUCACCGGUGCCCGCAUUUCUGGUCAUCAGCAUCACCCAACGGCAUUUGGCACUGUAUUUGGAUGGGUGUUGAUGGGACCAACGGCAGCAACGCCACCCAAAACAGUCACGUCAAUGUUAGUCACCACUGAAACGACACUUGAACAAUCUUUGUCAAAAUUCUGGGAGAUGGAAGAGCCACCUCAUAUACAUCAUUUGAGCCCUGACGAAGUGCACGCUGAAAGAAUAUUCACGUCCUCGGUGAAGCGGUUGGCGUCGGGUCGUUUUAGCAUCGCGUUACCAUUGAAACACCCUCAUCCAAUCCUCGGUGAUUCUUAUAGCAUGGCUCAAACACGAUUUCGGUCUCUGGAACACCGAUUAUCACAAAAUGAAGACCUUUCUAAACAAUACAAGGAGUUUAUGAGAGAUUAUCUUGCAAGCCAACAUAUGGAAUUGGUCCCGAUGAAUCAAAGAGUAACUCCAUAUUGCUACUACAUCCCCCACCACUGCAUCAUGCGUCCUGAGAGUAAAACAACGAAACUCCGAGUCGUCUUUGAUGCAUCUGCUGUGACUACUGCGGGACAAUCACUCAAUGUAAACUUAUACACUGGUCGCAAGCUUCAACAGGACUUGCCACGAAUUUUGAUCCGUGCCCGAGUCCACAAAGUUCUGUUCACAGCUGACAUAAAGCAAAUGUACAGACAAAUUGAAAUUCGUGCUGAAGAUCGUGAUUAUUUACGGAUUCUUUGGCGAUUUGAAUCUGAUGAACCAAUUACAACAUACCGUCUCUGUACAGUCACGUAUGAUACAUCUUCGGCUCCUCAUCAGGCAUUGCGAACCUUACAACACCUAGCGAAAAUCGAAGAGACAAAAUUCCCUUUAGCAGCUCAGAUCCUCAUGCAAGAUACGUUUGUAGAUGACAUACUCACAGGUGCUGAUACCCCGGACGCAGCUCUAGUGCUACAAUCACAAUUAAUCGCUCUAUGCAACCAAGGUCAAUUUCAACUUCGGAAAUGGGCUAGCAACUCUCCCGUGAUUCUUCAGGCUGUGUCGGAAAAUGAACGUUCCAUGUCAACUGAUGUACUAUUCAAUGAUGAACUGGAGGCUGGGCUAAAAAUCCUCGGGAUGCAAUGGAAUCCGAAACAAGAUCAUUUCUCUUACACCUUUCAGUGUCCACAGGCAAGUACAACUAAACGCUCGAUCCUGUCAGAUCUAGCACGCAUUUUUGACCCGCUCGGUUUUCUUUCACCUGUCACCUUCUUGGCAAAGCACAUGAUGCAGUUACUAUGGACAUCAGGAGUCGGAUGGGAUGAUCCUGUUCCCGAACAGGUGCGCACAAUGUGGCAGAGGUAUCAAAGCGAAAUUCAAUGCAUACAACAUCUGAAGAUUCCUCGACGAAUUACCACUGAAGGAGUAACUCAAUACGAAUUCCACGUCUUCUCAGACAGUUCCGAAAAGGGAUAUGCAGCCGCAGUGUACCUACGUUGUGAAACUGAUAACCAAGUUACGUGCAAUCUCAUCACUGCAAAAUCCAAGGUGUCACCUUUAAAACGAGUAACUAUUCCACGGUUAGAACUGUGUGGUGCAGUAUUGGCAGCUCAACUAUUGAAUUAUGUGUACGAACUUUUAAAAAAACUACUAUCUAUUGACGCCAUGCACGCUUGGACUGAUUCGACGACCACUUUGGCCUGGAUUCAAUCAUCUCCACAUCGAUGGGCGACGUUCAUUGCAAACAGAACCAGCCAAAUCCAAAGCCUCACGCCACCAUCACUUUGGCGAUAUGUUCCAACCAGUGAAAAUCCAGUGGAUUGCGCGUCUCGUGGACUCUACCCUACGGAACUCCUAAAACAUCCAAUGUGGUGGAAUGGACCCGCGUUCUUGGCACAACAUCAAAGUACGUGGCCAUCAUCGUCUGCUUCGACUGUCACAGAUUUAGAAGCACGCACCACAGUCCUCGUUAUAACCCCGACAACGACCUUCUUCGACAGCCUCUUUCUUCGACAUUCGUCUUUACAAAAAAUCAUUCGUAUCAUCUCAUAUUGUAAACGAGUUUUUGCGAACAUCAAACCAACCAUAAUCGAGCCAUCAACCACUGAACUAAACAACGCGCUGGAGGUCAUUAUACUCGCUGUGCAAAAACAAACGUUCGCUGAUGAAUUCAUGCAGCUCCGUGAUCCUACUCAUCAAGGCACUAGCAAGCUACGUGGCUUGAAUCCAUUUAUUGAUAACCACGGAACCAUUCGGGUUGGAGGUCGUCUGACUUACGCAGAUCUUCCGUACGAGCAAAAGCACCCGAUUCUCUUACCGAAGACGCACCGACUUACCGAUUUGCUCAUUGACAACGUCCACCAUCAACACAAGCACCCGGGAGCUAAAACGCUACAAUGCAUCAUUCAGCAACAAUAUUGGAUUAUAGCCAGUCGCCAAGUUAUAAAAUCCCGUCUCCGUCACUGUAUUGCCUGUUACCGAAUUCGUCCACGAGGAGUUCAGCCCGUAAUGGGAAAUUUGCCCAAAUUCCGUUUACAGCAAGUGAAGCCGUUCACCGCAGUCGGAGUCGACUACGCUGGUCCAAUUGUGUUAAAAUCGUCACCAACACGCCGCACAGACUCAUGCCACGCAUACAUAUGUCUUUUCGUCUGCAUGGCAACAAAGGCGCUACAUCUUGAACUUGCCUCCGACUUGUCUACUGAGACAUUUCUGAUGGCCUUCAGUCGAUUUAUUUCACGCCGAGGCCCAAUACAACAGAUGCAUAGUGAUUGUGGCACCAACUUUGUAGGUGCAUCCAAGUUGUUCGAAACAGUGAACAAAUUCACUCAAUCCGCCGAACACCAAAAAAAGUGUAGGGAUUUCCUCACAACGCGCAACAUCACCUGGCACUUCAACCCGCCAUCAGCACCUCACUUCGGAGGUCUUUGGGAGGCUGGAGUGAAGUCAACAAAAACACUAAUUCAUAGAAGUAUCGGUCUUCAUCGACUCAAGUACGAAGAACUCAGUACUCUUUUAACUAGGAUCGAAGCCACACUAAACUCACGACCAUUAAGUGCACUCAGUCCUGAUCCAUUAGACUUCGACGCACUAACGCCCAGUCAUUUCCUUACACUGAUGCCCAGCACUGCCAAUGUUGAACCAAACUUAGACAACGUCCCAACGUCUCAUUAUAAGCGCUGGAGACUAAUUUCGGAAAUCCACACACACUUUUGGAAACGUUGGAAAAACGAAUAUCUACAGACACUCAACUUCGGUGAAAUGGUCAGCCGGUAA